UUUUUCAAUCGGGAUCGGCGCUCACGUUAGACCAGUUGCAAGCGCGAAAGACAAAACAAAAGCCUUGAAAUGGCAAAACGACGAAGCUAACCACUGAAAUAGGCUUAAAAUGGAAUUCACACGAAGGAGGACAAAGUGAAAGUUCAACAGAUGAAAAUUCCUAUGAUUCCAUGAUGGAGAGGACCUGUGCUGAUGUCAUUAAAGAAGCGUUGAUACUUCACACCAAAGAAAACAAUGAUCUCCAACAUCAAAUACAACACUGGAAAAAGAAAUAUGACUCUCAGCAAAACCAGAAACAGAGAUUACAAGAUGAAUGUAAAGCUUUUGAAUCCAAAACCAUCAGCCUGCAGAGCACAAUAGAGAGUUUGAAAGAGCAGAUUAAAGGUCUCAAAGAGAGCCUCAGUUCUAGAGAAAACCCGAGCUUGACCUGCAAGAUGUGUGACCACCUCCAGCGGAUGAACAACAGUUUGACGGAGGCUUACAGCAACAACGUGAGGGAGAAGGACCGGAGGAUAGCAGACCUAGAAAAUCAGCUGUUUGAAUAUACCAGAAAUUCUACAUCAGAAAAGCAAUGGGACACAUCAAACAAUACUCCAAACAAACAAAGGGAGCAACGCAAGGCAUCGAAAUACAACAAUUUAAGGAGUGACAGUCCAGACUCUACUAGUCGCAACACACCAAUCAAACCGAACCUGAUAGCAAAAGACACACCAAUAGGGGCAAAAGAUGUUAAACAUCCAGGGUCCAGCUCAGACGAGGUCGAUAAGUCCUCCACAUUUAGCACUAUAGAUGAAAAAGGUCCCAAGUUGCGAUUAAAGUCGAGAAAGCGUAACAGAUAUACAGAAGAUUCUUCCCCGGAAAGCAAACAUCCAAAAUUUGGGUACCGAGGUCAUCCGGAUGAAACAUUGGGCCAAGUCUUGGUUCCUGAGACCUGUGACCCAGACAUCGUCACUGAGGACCAGGAGUGGUCACCAAAGAAAACUGAGGGGGGUGAGGUUAUCUAUCCCAGUGAGGGAAGGCUGUCAGACUCCGAGACAGGGGGUCAGGGGACCUCUGACAGUGAGAAUGACACAGUGAAGGAGGGUAUCAAGAGUCACUACAGUCUCCGCAGUUCUCUGUUUAACGGGUCUUCGGAGGAAUCAGACUGUGUCCUCAAAUCACCGAGGGGGAAAGGUGAGGAAAAAUCAGACUGUGUCCUCAAAUCACCGAGGGAGAAAGAUGAGGAAAAAAGGAGAAUUGAAAACUUGUCAGACAGUGCUAAACAGCCCUACAAAUCUAAUGAACAGACUGGGGAAACAGAGGAAAAGAGAGUUAAAAGCUCAUUAGACAGUGUUAAACAGCCCUACAGAUCUCAUGAACAGACUAAGGAAACAGAAGAAGUUUUACCAUUAGACGGGAAAGGUGAUGGUUAUAUCCAGUCUUCUCCCAUAUUCCAGGUUUACAGGAAAUCCAAUCAGGAGUCGCCUGACAUACAUCAUGGCGACACCCAUGCCGAUUCUGAUGCAGAGUCUCCAUUAUUACUGAAGGUCACUAGGAGUUCAGAGGACAAAUCAAAGGACUUUACCAGUCCAGCACAGACCAGGCUGUUUGAUGAUGACGACAUCAGCAUUGUGUCUCCUGAUGCCAACAGCAGCAGCUCAUUUGGAAAAUUCAGAUGCCUGUCUCAAGGUAGACGAAGAGGAAAACUGAACCAGAGCAAGUUAUCCACUUCUUUUGAGAGGAAGAAGAAAAUGGAGACAGGUGAUGAUUGGUUGGUCUCUGCAAAACCGACGAUGAAGGACUCGCCGACCCUCAGGCAGAGUACGCUUAGUCAGGUGUUUAUGAACGUUCAAUCAAAACCACACCCAGAAAAACCGACUGAGUGUGACGAUAUCCAAAAAGCCAUAGAAUUGUCCCUGGCUGAGGUGUCACAUAACCUGGAGAAAAAUAGUCGUGAGAUUUCCAAUGUGAUUAAGGCUCAGAAAGAGAAUCUUUCACCUUUUAAGAGACCUCUGACACCAAGGAAAUGUAAAAACACUGCGAGAAAGUUUAAUAGUCCAAAAGGCAAGAUGCGAAAUAAAAGAAGUCAGUCUAUUGACUGUGACCCUGAUGAAACAGUUCCUCCGUGUACACUAAGUGUUGGAGAAACUGAAAUAUCCCAGGGUCCGGUGACUGCACUGCCCCCUAUAAAUCGUAGCAUAGACCCAGAUGUGCAGUUAUCAGUGUUGUGUGACUCCCAAAGUCUGAAAUCAGAAGACUUACCAGACAUAGAAGAGCCGGAUUCAGAAGGUGACAAAAUGAAGGAUUACAGUGACAGUUCCCUUAUUGGGAAUCCAACGGACUUCAGGAUUGAAGACUUGAAGAAAUCUAAAUAUCCACUUACCUCCACUUGUACUGAUGUGGAUCAUCCUCCAGGAGGGGAACAGGAGUCACAGUCCAUUUCAUGUAGUUAUAAGUUUGGAGGAGGCAGGCGGAGAUUUAUCAGGAUUCCUGAAAACUUCUCAGAAGGUCCAGAUAACCAUACCCAAAAUGUUGAAGGGGAAUGUUUUGUUCCGGGUCAUGAAGACAGCUUUGAUAGAGUACCCGGAAAGGAGCAGCCAAACUUUGCUCAUGUCGAUGUUGUCAGGAAACAAGACGAACGAAGAAAACUUCCAGCACAUAAGUGUGAUGAGUGCAGAGAGUACUUUGAGGGGUUGGGUCUCCCUGAGGAGGAAAUAUUGAAGAGGAUGCAGACCUGUUCCAGACACCGUGCAAAACAUGCACCUCCGGGAACACCAAAACACUUCUGGGACAUUGGUAUGGAGGACACCAUGGAUUACGAAGAGCAGGGUUAUGUUGAUACAAAGGACCACAAUAUAGGAAAGCCUCGAUUUAGAAGGAAGCGGCAGCUGAAUAAAAUCUUUAAAUCAAAAAAAGAGGAAGAGGAACUAAAACAGUUUGAGGAGCAGUGAACGUGGCUCUAUUUAUGAAGAGGCACUAAAACAGUUUGAGGGGCAGUGAAUGUGACUCUAUUUAUAUAAUCCCUCAGGAAUGAAUUAGGUAGAAACUUAUUCUCAGGAACUCAGUGAACAUUGUUGAAUAUAAACUUGGUUAAAUCAUUUGUAUAUGAAAAGUUACUUUAAUGAUAUUGUAUAGAAAGACAACUUUUACAUAUGAAAUGAAGUCUGAAAUUUUUUUUACAUAUCAAUUUAAAUUUUACAUGUACGUAGGCCUAUAUGUAUCUUGUUUGUGGCUGAAUGUUAAACAUCCGCUAUCCAAAUUAUUUACUUAUUUAUUCAAUGCAUUACUUAUGGAUACAGACGAACAAUAUAUGUGUAUUAAAUGUAAUAAAAUCAAUGGUUGGUUACAUAUGUUGAAA